CGCCCGCCAGCCGCCGUCCGCCGCGGAGCGCGCGCCGGGCCGGGCCGCCGGGCCUGUGCCGCCGCUGCGCCGACCAUGUCGGCGGUCAAGGAGAACCCGUGCAGGANAUUCCAGGCCAACAUCUUCAACAAGAGCAAGUGUCAGAACUGCUUUAAGCCCCGCGAGUCGCAUCUCCUCAACGACGAGGACCUGACGCAGGCAAAACCUAUUUAUGGUGGCUGGCUGCUCCUGGCUCCAGAUGGGACUGACUUUGACAACCCAGUGCAUCGGUCUCGGAAAUGGCAACGGCGCUUCUUUAUCCUCUACGAGCACGGCCUCUUGCGCUACGCCCUGGACGAGAUGCCCACAACCCUGCCUCAGGGAACCAUCAACAUGAACCAGUGCACAGACGUGGUGGAUGGGGAGGGCCGGACGGGCCAGAAGUUCUCCCUGUGCAUUCUGACCCCUGAGAAGGAGCAUUUCAUCCGGGCAGAGACCAAGGAGAUCAUCAGUGGGUGGCUAGAGAUGCUCAUGGUCUAUCCCAGGACCAAUAAACAGAACCAGAAGAAGAAGCGGAAGGUGGAGCCUCCCACACCACAGGAACCAGGGCCGGCCAAGAUGGCUGUCACCAGCAGCAGCAGCAUUCCCAGUGCUGAGAAGAUGGCUGUCACCAGCAGCAGCAGCAUUCCCAGUGCUGAGAAGGUCCCCACCACCAAGUCUACACUCUGGCAGGAAGAAAUGAGGGCCAAGGACCAGCCCGAUGGGAGCAACCUCAGUCCAGCUCAGAGUCCCAGCCAGAGCCAGCCAUCUGCUGCCAGCACCCUGAGGGAACCUGGGCUGGAGAGCAAAGAUGAGGAGAGCACCGUGAGCAGCGACCGCAUGGACUGUGGCCGCAAAGUCCGGGUGGAGAGCGGCUACUUCUCCCUGGAGAAGACCAAGCAAGACUUGAAGGCCGAGGAGCAGCAGCUGCCCCUGCCGCUCUCCCCUCCCAGCCCCAGCACCCCCAACAACAGGUAUAGUGGCCCCGGACCACCCUCGCAGGAGCUUGCUCAUCCCCUUCCUUCCCCAGGUUCUCGAACCCCCAGCCGAAUGGUCUGCAGCAGCUCCCUUGGCUCCCUCGACGUGGCCAGCCGGCCCCCCGCCCACAUGGACUCCGGCAGCGCUGGGGGGCGGGGAGCAGAGAGACUGGGGCGCACCUUUGCCUUUAAAGCCAGCAGGCAGUAUGCCGCCCUGGCCGACGUCCCUAAGGCCGUCAGGAUCAGCCACCGAGAAGACUUCCAGGUGGAGAGAAGGCAGCUGGAGCGUAGGACUCGGGCCCGGAGCCCUGGCAGGGAAGAGGUGGCCCGUCUGUUUGGCAACGAGAGGAGGAGGUCCCAGGUCAUUGAGAAAUUUGAGGCCUUGGACAUUGAGAAGGCGGAGCACAUGGAGACUAACUCGUCAGCCGGGCCCUCGCCAUCGAGCGACACUCGCCAGGGCCGCAGUGAGAAGAGGGCAUUUCCCAGGAAACGGGACCUCCCCAGCGAAGCCCCCACAGCUCCUCUCCCGGACACCUCGGCCUCCCCCCUGUCUCCACACCGAAGAGCCAAGUCACUGGACAGGAGGUCCACGGAGUCCUCCCUGACGCCCGACCUGCUGAAUUUCAAGAAAGGCUGGCUGACCAAGCAGUACGAGGACGGCCAGUGGAAGAAACACUGGUUUGUCCUUGCUGAUCAAAGUCUGAGAUACUACAGGGAUUCGGCGGCUGAGGAGGCGGCUGACUUGGACGGGGAAAUUGACUUGUCUACGUGUUGCGAUGUCACCGAGUAUCCAGUCCAGAGAAACUAUGGCUUUCAGAUACAUACGAAGGAGGGCGAAUUCACUCUCUCUGCUAUGACAUCUGGAAUCCGGCGGAAUUGGAUCCAGACCAUCAUGAAGCACGUCCACCCGACCUCUGCCCCGGACGUGACGAGCUCACUGCCAGAGGAAAAGAACCGGAGCAGCUCCUCCUUUGAGACCUGCCCGAGGCCAAGUGAGAAACCAGAGGCAGAGCGUGGAGAGCCAGACCCCGAGCAGAAGAGGAGCCGGGCUCGGGAGCGGCGGCGGGAGGGCCGCUCUAAGACCUUUGACUGGGCCGAGUUCCGCCCUAUCCAGCAGGCCCUGGCUCAGGAGAGGGCCAGCGCCAUGGGGGCUUCUGACAGCCACCCCGAGGCUGAGGCCGGCGAGCUGGAGCGGGAGCGUGCGCGGCGGCGGGAGGAGCGCCGUAAGCGCUUUGGGAUGCUCGAUGCCACAGACGGGCCGGCCGCUGAUGACAUGGCCCUGCGGAUGGAGGUUGACCGUAGCCCAGGGCUGCCUGUGACCGCCGACCUCAAGACACAGAACGUCCAUGUGGAGAUCGAGCAGCGGUGGCAUCAAGUGGAGACCACUCCUCUCCGGGAAGAAAAGCAGGUGCCCAUUGCCCCCCUGCACCUGUCCUCCGAGGAUGGAAGCGACCGGCUCUCCACUCACGAGCUGACCUCUCUGCUAGAGAAGGAGUUGGAGCAGAGCCAGAAGGAGGCCUCGGACCUUCUGGAGCAGAACCGGCUCCUGCAGGACCAGCUGAGGGUGGCUCUGGGCCGGGAACAGAGUGCCCGGGAGGGCUACGUGCUGCAGACUGAAGUGGCCACCUCCCCAUCCGGUGCCUGGCAGAGGCUCCAUAGAGUCAACCAGGAUCUGCAAAACGAGCUGGAGGCCCAGUGCCAGCGCCAGGAGCUGGUCAUGCAGCAGAUCCAGUCCCUGAAGCACAGCUACGGGGAGGCCAAGGAUGCGAUCCGGCACCAUGAGGCCGAGAUCCGGAGCCUCCAGGCGAGGCUCAGCAACGCCGCUGCCGAGCUCGCCAUCAAGGAGCAGGUGCUGGCCAAGCUCAAGAGUGACCUGAAGCUGGAGAAGGACAAGGUCCGUGAGCAGCUGGAGGAGCGGCAGCACAGCGAGGCCGCGCUGAGCGGUCAGCUGCAGGCCAGCGAGCAGAAGCUCAAGAGCGCCGAGGCCCUGCUGCUGGAGAAGACGCAGGAGCUGCGGGACCUGGAGACACAGCAGGCACUCCAGCGGGACCGGCAGAAGGAGGUGCAGAGGCUGCAGGAGCGCAUUGCCGACCUCAGCCAGCAGCUCGGCGCCAGCGAGCAGGCCCAGCGGCUGAUGGAGGAGAAGCUGCAGCGGAACUACGAGCUGCUGCUGGAGAGCUGCGAGAAGGAGAAGCAGGUGCUGCUGCAGAACCUGAAGGAGGUGGAGGACAAGGCCAGCGCCUAUGAGGACCAGCUGCAGGACCACGAGCAGCAGCUGGAGGUCCUCCAGAAGGAGAAGCUGAACGCCAAGUUCGAGGGCAGCGAGGUCGUGCACCAGCUGGAGGAGCAGCUGGAAAUGAGGGAGGCCAGCAUCCAGAAGCUGGCCGAGCACGUCCAGAGCCUCAGAGACGAGCGGGACCUGAUCAGGCAGCGGUUCCAGGAGCUGAUGGAUCGUGUCGCCCUGUCCGACGGGGACGUCGCUGAGCUUCAGGAGAAGCUGAGGGGAAGGGAGGCCGACUACCAGAGCCUGGAGCACUCCUACAGGAGGGUGGCCGGCCAGCUCCAGAGCAUGCACACGCUGCUGAAGGAAAAGGAGGAAGAGCUGAAGCACAUCAAGGAGAUGCACGAGAAAGUUCUGGAAAAGAAAGAUCAGGACCUCAAUGAGGCUUUGGUUAAAAUGGUUGCCUUGGGGAGCAGCUUAGAGGAAACAGAAAUGAAGCUCCAGGCGAAGGAAGAGAUCUUAAGGAAAUUUGUAAAGGAGUCUUCCGAGGACGCGGAGGUGACACGGAGCUGCCCAGAAGAGGUGGACGACGGCACCGUGCUGUCAGGCCCGCAGCUGCAGGCUCCCGGCACACCCCCGGCCUACCCACAUUCCAGGCUUGAGGAUGAGGACCCAGGGGCAGCCCUGGGGGAAGAGCAUGGUGACAGCAGCCCCAAGAGAGAAGAGAGUGUGGGCGCUUUCAAGUCGGAGGUGCCAGACAGGGAGGGGCACCCUCAGAGCACCGCAAAACCUGACCAGGGAGUACCUGGUGUCAAAAGGCAAAGAAUCCGGUUCUCCACGAUUCAGUGCCAAAAAUACACGCACCCUAACGGGUCCGAGAAGACCUGGACCAGCAGCACAUCCUCCGACACCAGCCAGGACAGGUCGCCCUCAGAGGAGAGCAUGUCGUCAGAGGCCACCCCCAGCUCUCUCCCUGCGACCAGUGACUCCGACACCUAUCUCUCCAUCAUACACUCCCUGGAGACGAAGCUCUACAUCACGGAGGAGAAGCUCAAAGACGUGACGGUGAAGCUGGAGAGCCAGCAGGGCCAGAGCCAGGAGGCCCUACUCGCAUUACACCAGCAGUGGGCUGGCACCGAGGCGCGACUCCGAGAGCAGCUCCGUGCCAGCCUGCUCCAGGUUGGAGCGCUGGCCUCCCAGCUGGAGCAGGAAAGACAGGUGCGGGCGAAGAUGGUCGAAAAUCACGUCGGGGAGCUCGGAGACUUCCAGGUGAAAAAUAGUCAGGCUCUGGCGUGCUUGGAAAACUGCCGAGAGCAGCUGCGGUCCCUGCCGGCGGCCGGCCAGGAGGAAGCACAGGAUGCAGGAGUGGGCGCCCCGGCCAGCGUGGAGGGCGCACUAGUCAGCACCAUCCAGGCUCUGCACCACUGGCCAGCUCCUGCCGACAGCGCGGCCCCGGCUCAGCCAGAGGAAGCACGUUUCCUGGAGCUCGGGAAUGCGAUACCACAGCCACUGCACCGGCUCCAACUGACCGAGCAGGAGCAGCUGAAACUCCUUUCUGAUCAGAUAGCCCUGGAAGCCUCCCUGAUAAACCAAAUAGCAGACUCUCUAAAAAACACAACAUCGGACAUCUCGCGUGUUCUCCACGAGAUUGCUCAGUCGGGAAAGUUGCCCCUGGAACCUGAAAGUGCUGCUCUCUGCCCUGGGGCCCCAGCAGACACCUGGGCUAAGAAGGUGCUGGUGGAUGGUGAGUUCUGGAGCCAGGUCGAGUCCCUGAGUAAGCACCUGGGAGCGCUGGGCGGAGAGGCAGCCGGCGCUUCGGGAGGCGGGCAGCAGAGCAUCCCGCCAGCCCUGGUCCCUGCGCUGGCCGACGCCACGUGGGUCAGGGCAGAGCUCAGCUUCGCGCUGCAGUCGGUGAGGGAGUCGUUCCAGCGGAGGUUGCAGAGCAUCCAGGAGACCCUCCGGGGGACCCAGGUGGCCCUGCGGCAGCACAAGCGUGUGCUGGGGGACAUCCUGGGAGCCUACCGAACCCCCGACUUUGAGAGAGUGAUGCAACAGGUCUCAGAAGCCCUCAAGCUUCCUGCAGGGAUUGAAGACGGCACACAGGCAUCCUGGGACCUGAGCCCAUUAGGAGAAGUAUUGAGUCCUCAGAAAGCAGCCGGCUCCCGGGAGCCCUUCUGCAUGUCCGACCAGAGCUCUGGGGCCCUUGUGACUAUUCAGGAAGAACUUGCCAUGCAGCUUAAAGAUAAGGCCAGCCUCUUAGGGGAGAUAUCUGCCGCUUUAACCUCGCUUCCUCCUGUGGAGUCAGUAAGAGAUUGUCAGAAGCUUCUCCAGGCAUCCCAGAGUCUCUCCUAUAACACUUACCUGGGAGGCCUCGGUCAGUAUUCUUCAUUAUUAGUUCAGGAUGCAAUUAUUCAGGCUCAGGUGUGUUACGCAGCCUGCAAAAUCCGGCUGGAGUAUGAAAAGGAGCUCCGGGGCUACAAGGAAUCCUGGCAGGGCGGGGGAGCCUCCUGUCAGGAGCAUGAGCAAGCAGUUGGGGCCCUGAGGGAGGAGUACGAGGAGCUUCUCCGGAAGCAAAAGAACGAGUACCUGGAAGUGAUUGCCAUCGUUGAGAGGGAAAACGCCGAGCUCAAGGCCAAGGUCACCCAGCUGGACCAUCAGCAGAGGUGUCUGGAGGAAGUGGAGAGCAAGCGCAGCGAGAACAUGUUCGCUCUGCAAGGGAGGUACGAGGAAGAGAUCAGGUGCGUGGUGGAGCAGUUGAACAGGGCAGGGGACACGCUGCAGGCCGAGCACAGCAGGGUCCUGAGCCAGCUGGAUGCCUCUGUCAGAGACCGGCAGGACUUGGAGCGGCACCACGUGGAGCAGAUGCAGAGCCUAGAGGACAAGUUCCAGCUCAAGAUCAAAGAGCUGCGGACCAUCCACGAGGAGGAGCUGUGGACGUUGCAGGAAUACUACUCACAGAGCCUGCAGCGCCUGCAGGAGGCCCUGCGCCACCACCAGCGGCAGCUCCCCGAAGCCCUGCCAGCCCCCGGCCCCCACCAGGCCCCCCCCUCCGGCUGGCCCGCCAGCCAGCCCCGGGGCACCCUGCAGGCCGCCGAGGGAGAGGCCGACUCCAUGACAGGGCUGAGAGAGCGCAUCCAGGAGCUGGAGGCCCAGAUGGACAUCAUGCGGGAGGAGCUGGAGCACAAGGACCUGGAGGGCAACGCGGCCACGCUGCGGGAGAAGUACCAGAAAGACUUUGAGAACCUUAAGGCCACGUGCGAGCGAGGGUUUGCAGCCAUGGAAGAAACGCACCAGAAGAAGAUUGAGGACCUGCAGAGGCAGCACCAGCGGGAGCUGGAGAAGCUGCGAGAGGAGAAGGAUCGCCUCCUAGCCGAGGAGACGGCGGCCACGAUCUCAGCCAUUGAAGCCAUGAAGAACGCCCACCGGGAGGAGAUGGAGCGCGAGUUGGAGAAGAGCCAGAGGUCGCAGAUCAGCAGCAUCAACUCAGACAUUGAGGCCCUGCGACGACAGUACCUGGAAGAGCUGCAGUCCGUGCAGCGGGAGCUGGAGGUGCUCUCCGAGCAGUACUCACAGAAGUGCCUGGAGAAUGCCCACCUGGCCCAGGCGCUGGAGGCCGAGCGCCAGGCCCUGCGGCAGUGCCAGCGUGAGAACCAGGAGCUCAAUGCCCACAAUCAGGAGCUGAACAACCGCCUGGCUGCGGAAAUCGCAAGGUUACGGACGCUGCUGACCGGGGACGCGGGUGGAGAGGCCGCUGGCUCCCCGCUUACACAGGGCAAGGAUGCCUAUGAGUUAGAGGUCUUACUGCGGGUCAAGGAGUCAGAGAUACAAUACCUGAAACAGGAGAUCAGCUCUCUCAAGGAUGAGCUACAGACGGCGUUGCGGGACAAGAAGUACGCUAGUGACAAGUACAAGGACAUCUACACGGAGCUCAGCAUUGUGAGGGCAAAGGCCGACUGUGACAUCAGCAGGUUGAAAGAGCAGCUGAAAGCAGCAACGGAAGCACUGGGUGAAAAAUCCCCCGAAAACACCCCCGUGUCAGGAUACGAUAUAAUGAAAUCUAAAAGCAACCCUGACUUCUUAAAGAAAGACAGAUCCUGUGUCAGCCGGCAACUCAGAAACAUCAGGUCCAAGAGUCUGAAGGAAGGCCUGACGGUGCAAGAACGCUUGAAGCUCUUUGAAUCCAGGGACUUGAAGAAAGACUAGCCGUGUCCCGUUCCACGUGAACACACACCCCUCCCAGCCUGCGGCAGCACUGCCCGAGCGCUGCUUUCUGUCUGUACCUUUAUUUUUUAUUAUUAUUAUUGUUGUGGUUCCUGUUGUCAUCAUUAACUGUGGGUAUGGAUGCAUGAGAGACUGGUUUAUGGGUUGUUCACACGGUUCCCUGCUGUGUUGAUUCCAGCUUCCUAUGUCUUUGUCAAAGCUUUUUUUCCAUGGUAUCCUCAAAUUAGCCAAGCAGUGGGGGCCACGAGGGCUGUCCGCUCCCGGCUGGGGUCUGUGCAGAGCCCCCGCCCGCCGCAGUCCACCGCACUCACUGUCAGUAUUAAGGCCCGGCAGCCUGUGCAUAAGCUAGCUCAUCCCGCCGAGUGUCCUGUGCUGCGUGUGGGCCCCGCAGGGAGAGAACAGGGCGUCCGGGGGCUGCACUGACAACUCGCUGGCCUGCGGGAGGACCUAGAGGAGCAGGUUGGGGUCGUGGUCCGUAACCUCCGUUCACCACCUCUGGCUUGGGAGAAAGAAGGUCGGCAUUUUGUACUUGUCCCACUGCUUCAGCUUAGAGCCACACCCCGAUCAGCGUGGGGAACCUUUCACAACCUGGAAAAUGUCGAGAGCAGCCAUUCCUAUUUUUGUUUGUUUUUUAUUAAAUCUUGCACAAAA